AUGGGGAAAGGCAGAGCGCCGUGCUGCGACAAGAACCAAGUGAAGAGAGGCCCAUGGAGCCCUGCAGAGGACCUCAGGCUCAUGACUUUCAUCCAGAAAUAUGGCCAUGAAAACUGGAGAUCUCUCCCCAAACAAGCUGGACUAUCACGAUGUGGGAAAAGUUGUCGUUUGAGGUGGAUUAAUUAUCUACGACCAGAUGUAAAGCGAGGCAACUUCACUCCAGAGGAAGAAGACUCCAUUAUCCGUCUCCACCGUGAGCUUGGCAACAAGUGGUCAAAAAUUGCAUCUCAUUUGCCGGGGAGAACAGACAACGAGAUCAAGAAUGUGUGGAACACUCACUUGAAGAAAAGAGUAUCCUCCUCUAACAAAAAGAAUGUUGAAUUAAUUUCUAAGCUAUCUUCGCCGACCUCCUCAUCUUCGUCAUCCACCUUCUCCACCACCACAACCUCGUCCGGCAAAAGGAAUGCUCAAGCAGCAAAGAUAGAUAUCGACGAUCAACAGAGAAAAAGACGGAGAACUAAUAUGUUGGACGAGGAGGAAGAGGAAGAUGAAGUGGUGGACAAGGAAGACAUUCAGAACAACGACGAGGAUGAGCUGACUAAUAAUUAUGAGUUCAAAUCUUCUCCAAAUGAGAUUUCAAAUUCAUCGGUCUCAUCCAUUCUGACGGAUUCCUGCAGCCUGAUUGAUAACGUUGUGUCGAUGGAUUCGAUUUUUAGCUUGGGUGAAUCGGUUGGUAACGUCUACGACGUGUUGGAAGAUGUGAGUCGACCUGAAGUUGAGGACUUCACCCUUGAGAUUCCUUUGGAAUCCGACAUGGAGUUCUGGAACUUGCUUGAUGGGCUAACGGAACCUAACGGCAACAAUGGUGAAAAUGUAGCUAGUUUGUGUGAUGACCAGCUGGGAGUUCAAGUGGUUGACGAUGGCGAGGAUGAUGAUGACAAGCAAAAGUGGUUGCGUUACUUGGAAACCGAAUUGGGGCUGGAGGAAAUCAACAACAAUACUACAAACCAAGAAGACAACUCUACAAUUCCCCAAGUGCUAGAAGAGGGAAACAUGGAGUUUCUAUAUGAUGAUGAAUCACUCCCUUCACAUGAAAGUAAAGCACAAUUUGAAGAGAAUCCAACAAGUCCAAACCAGCCGCAUACUCAAGAUAUAUAA